UAUAAUCAUGGAUUCAGCUACAUCCCUGAAUCGUCUCCUCGCCGUUCUGGCCGAGCGUGAUAUUGGUCUAGGCUACGAUGACCUGGCUUGGUUAUUCGAUUCUCCUCAAACCAGGGACUCUAUGGUAUCAUGGGUUCAUGAAUAUCUAGCUUCACCUACUCUUCUUAGCCCAGAAGAACUCGAUAUGUGUUCAAACUACAAAAUUCCACCUGACCAUGGAAUGCCGCGCCCUAUGCGAGAACCUGAUUUUGAAUCUGCCAUCGACUCUCUGGAAGCUAGCACUGCAGCCAUAGAGAAGCAGACAGCUAGAUUGGAAGCUCAGCGAGAUGCUUUGAGAAAGUUACAACAUCUGAAUAGGGAGCCUUCGUCGACUGUCUCCGACAAUGACGAGAAACGAUCAAGCCAGGCACGAGCAAGAGCCCAGCUGGAUAUGGAAACCAAAGAGCUCACCGAAUAUAUUCAGCAGCGCGUCACUGUGACCAGACGACACGCAGAUUCGAGUCUGAACCUGCUCAAAACAUCGUCCCAACGUCAACUAGACAAAGACGAUCGCCUGCUUGAUGGACUGCANAAAGUCAUGUUCAAACUCGGUCCGCUCGAGACGAGUGAAAAGCAACUUCCGGACUUCAACGCUUUGUCGCGGGCUUUGAUGAAACUGGAAAGCAAAAUUAUCAAGGAUCGAACGAAUGCUACUUACCUUGAGGCUCUUGAUAGCCUGGCUAACGAGUCUGAUGACUUUGAGCAUCAGAACAGUACACAGACAGCCCAUGAAGCAUAUGAAUUGGCUGAAGAGCUUCAAAGUUUGAUUACGGAAGUGGACUCGGUGCUCGACAUGACCAUCAGCAGGCGAUACCGAGCACCUAUCGUCAAUGCUCUGAAUCUAUCUGACACACAAGCUCAGCUCGAACAACGAAAUUGGCUAGAAUACGUUGUAAGAACACUAGAUGAGCUUGCCCACAAGACUGAGGAUCUGGCCUCCUGUACACAAGACGCCUUGGCCUACACAUCUGCAAUCAGCCAGGUUUCAAAUGCGCUCGCCGAGACACUUCCACCACCAAUACAGCCACCGCCUAGACUCGAUAGAAAGCCAUCAACCAGAGGCCCCUCGCCUAAGAAAACAAUGAACCCCAUUCUGCACCGCCAAGGAGCCAAAGAUCCAGCUCUGGAAAUAAUUGGACACUACGGUAUACGUCUAACCGUCGAUCUUGAAACAGACCCCGAGGCUGUUUCUCAAGCCCUGCAUUCAGCCAUGCUCGAACGUCAAUCACGUCUCAAAGAUUUGCAAGAAUCUACCGAGUCAUCUAUCGCUGCACAAGUGGCCGAGUCGAUAAAUAUGGCAGAUGGAGAUUUGCAGAAUUUGUUGAGAGCACUAUAUGCUUAUUCACCUCACACCACUGUGCACUUAGCAGACAAUAAAGCCAAGCAUAGACUGGAACACCUAGACCAUGAGAUCGAGAGACUAGGAGAUGGUAUCAAGAGGCUUGAUGUCGAUCGCCUCGCGGAGGCCGAACAAAGGAGACUCUCAGCUGCCCUUGGUCCCUUGUCUGGG